AAGGGUAUUUACGUAAAAUGAAAUAUUUUUGAAAAAGUGAAAGGAAGGGGAAAUUAGUGGCAGUCGACUGGGUCAGUGGUGGAAUUUUACGAAUAGGGCUCGCAGAGGGAGAGAAAAGCUUCACAGUUGACUUCCGGUCGCCGUCGAUCUAUUCUCCGUAUCAUGGAUGCUCAAAUUCAAGAAGCAGUCCCUUGUAGGCCUUGUAUUAAGGUGGAAUUUCAGCUCGGUUCAGAAACAUAUUCUGUCAAGGAGCACAAGGGCAUUCUUUCGGAGCAACUGGUUUCUGUGAAAGAAGAAAGCAUGAGAAUAUUGAAGGACUUCAUCACCAGACACAAUGUUCCUAAUGAUGUCCCUGAUGAACUUGUUGAAAACUCUUCGGAAGACGAUGGCGAGAUCCUUGAAAAGCCUCCUGUAAAGUCAAAGAAGACAAAGUUUACUUGAUUACCUCUGUAUUUCUGGGUUUGAACUUUAAAACUGUUUGUGAUUGAGGUGCUCCUUUUGAUGUCUUAGAUAAACUGUUUUGAACUAGAUUUGGAAGUACCUAGCUUUAGCUACCUUUGUAGUACCGAAGUUGUUAUGUUUUGACAUGCAUUGUGUUGUAUCAUAUAGGUUUCUCUAUCAACUUUUGAAACCAGUCCAUGCAAUUAUUUUUUUCCGUUGCCAAAA